UUCUCCCCUGGUUAUGUUUGAAUUAAAAAAAAAAAAAUCCCGUGGGGGUGGAGGGUGGGCUGAUGCAAGGGCUGCUCCUGGCAGGUCCCCUCACUCCUCCACUGCAUUGCAGCAACGAAUUAUGGAGCUGGCAUGCAGAGGGCCCUUUGGCCUCACAGGAAACCGCAGCUUCCUGCCCAGUGGCUGCGCCUACUGAUAUGGGGGGGCCAGCUGCCCCCAGAGCUGCGUCGCAUCCUCUGAUGAAGAAGCAGAAGAGCGAAAGAGCUGGGACGGUGCCUCCUGGCUGAGCCACCGGUGGAGGCAAGGAGACGAGGGGGUGCGCACUGGGUCAUGAAGCUCCCAGCCCUGGUCCGUCUUAUCCUCCUGGCCCUGCUGCCCCUCGCUGGGGCCGAGCCCUGCCCGGCAGAGAAGAACCGUAUCAAGGACCUGCUUGAGGUCAACUGCACAGGGCAGGGUCUCAGUGUGGUGCCCGCAGCCCUGCCCAAGGACACAGGCAUCCUGCUGCUCAAUGCCAACCGCCUGGUGUCUGUCUCCACUGCCGCCUUCCUGCCCCUCGGCGUGCUGCAGGACCUCGACUUGUCCAACAAUGGGCUCGUAGCUCUGCACACGGGGCCCACACUGCUGUCCCUGAAAGAGCUGAUCCUGUCUCACAAUGCCCUGGCGGCCUUGCCUGCCCUGGAGAGCCUGCCUGCCCUCACCCGCCUGGCCUUGUCUCACAACCGCCUGGAGACGCUGGCCCCAGGGGCUUUUCGUGCUGUGCCACACCUGCAGGACCUGGACCUGCGAGGCAACCAGCUGCGGACUCUCCCGCCGGAGGCCUUUGCAGGGUUGGGGGCCCUCAAGGACUUGGACCUCUCUGACAACGUCCUUGAGGAGCUGCCCCAGGAGCUGCUGCAGGAGCUGCGGCAGCUGGAGACCUUGUGGCUCUCAGGCAACCGCCUCCAGACCCUGCCCAUGGGCUUCUUUCCUGAGGGACACUUCUAUCCAUAUGUUUUCCUGACCGAGAACCCCUGGCACUGUGACUGCAGCCUGCUCUACCUGCGCGCCUGGAUCCGGCAGAACGAGAUGAGUGUCUACCAUCCUGAGCGCGGGCUGGAGAAGACGAAGGUUGAGGUGGCCCCGGAGAAGGUGCUGUGCCACAGCCCCGCCGAGCAUCGGCAGAAGCCAGUCAUCCGCUUCAAGCCCAACUGUGGCAAUGUGGGGGAUGCUGACGAGGAAGAAGAGGACGAAUAUGGCAAUGGGGAGGUAAUCCCUGAGGACACUGCCAACAUGCCCUCCUUCCCCCCACAUUCAACCACCCCUGAAGAGCAGGCGACCCCCACCUUUGCUCUCACCCAGCCUCCCCUCACCACCACAAGGGCUCCCCUCAGCAGCACUGGUAGCUCCAUCCCCAUCCCAAGUACUUGGGUUGCAAUCCCCAGAGCUCCCAGCACUGCUGCCCCUGCAUCAACCACUCCAGCGGCCGCAACCACCCUUGCCCACGCCAGCCUACAGCCCCCCAGCACUGCCACCUCCUCCAGCACCCCUGGGAGCUCCACCACCCUCCUGUCUACUCCCUCAUCGGCCAUUCUGACGAGCACUGGAGCUCCUGGCACCAGCACCCCUGCUCCAGCCACCCACUCCUCCAGCACUGCCAGCACUCGUACCCCUUCCAUGGUGUCCAUCAGCAUGUUUUUCACCACUUCCACUGUGGUGCCUUCCUCUCCCACAUCAGAGGCCUCCACUACUCUCAGAUCUUCAUCUUCUCCACUGACUGCGCUGGUGAUCUCCAGCACCACGGCAGCGCUUUCCACUCCCCUUCGGGGCACCACCCGCCUCCCCCAGCCUGCUUUGGUCCCGCUGUGCCCCUGCUCCAUGCCAGCACCAGCCGUACCCGUGCUGCGUCCACGGGUCAUUGGCGAAGGCCCGCAGUGGGGCCGGUGGGUGUUGAGCCACUGCUGCCUGCUGCACUGGGUGCUCUACCUGGCCGGCCUGGCUCUGCUGCUCCUUUCCAUGCUGCCUCUGGCAGGCUGGCUGGCGUGGCUGUGUCUGGUGGGGUGGCCCUCCUGGCAUAAGUCUUCCCUGGAGGUGCAAAAGAUGCAGUACCCACUGCUGGGGGGCAAGGAGCCAGCAGAAGGUCCCAUGACACACCUCAGCAGCUUCUCCAGGGCCUCGCAGCGCCCCACUUUCUGUACCAUCAAGGAAGUGGAGUUGUGCCCUGAUGUAGCGACAUGCUACACUUACUGCACUAUUAAAGACAUGGUGCUGCAGCGCAGCCCUCCUGCAAGGUCCUCCUUCCGCACCACAAAGGAGCUGUGGAUCCACCACAGCUCUCUGAAUGCUCCUUUCAAGCCUUUCUCAGGGAAGCUGAUGCUCCCAAACCUCAGCUCACUGAGGACCCCUUCUGCUUACAGCCUCAACAGGGGUAUUGAGGCCAUCGGUGCUGUCAGAGUGAAAUAUGCUGGUGACACCUUGUAAAUGUUUCUGUAGGUUCAGAAGCAGGGAUGGGAGUGGUGGCGCUGCCUCGCGUUCUCUUCGGCAAUGGAACGGUCUGCUUGCUCCCCAGAGGGAAGC